ACAGCGCGCGCUCCGCCUCCACCUCCUCUCCGUAGGGACUAGGGAGGGGCGGUCACGUGGCCGAGGGGCGGGGCGUGACCGCCUCUAGGGUCACAUGACAGGGGCGCAGGCCGGAGCUGUUGCUGGUCGGGGUCGGUCGGAGGCGAAGUGACCAUGAGUUUUCUUGGAGGCUUUUUUGGUCCUAUUUGUGAGAUUGACAUUAUUCUUAAUGAUGCAGAAACACGAAAAACAGCAGAAAUUAAAACUGAAGAGGGCAAAAUAGAAAAACACUUCCUCUUCUAUGAUGGUGAAUCUGUUUCAGGAAAGGUGAACAUAGCCUUUAAACAACCUGGAAAGAGGUUAGAGCACCAAGGAAUUAGAAUUGAAUUUGUAGGACAAAUUGAACUCUUCAAUGACAAGAGCAAUACUCAUGAAUUUGUAAACCUAGUGAAAGAACUAGCCUUACCAGGAGAACUGACACAAAGCAGAAGUUAUGACUUUGAGUUUAUGCAAGUUGAGAAGCCAUAUGAAUCCUACAUUGGUGCCAAUGUCAGAUUGAGGUAUUUUCUUAAAGUGACAAUAGUAAGACGACUGUCAGACUUGGUAAAAGAAUAUGAUCUUAUUGUUCACCAGCUUGCAACAUACCCAGAUGUUAACAACUCUAUUAAAAUGGAAGUAGGCAUUGAAGACUGCCUGCAUAUAGAAUUUGAAUAUAACAAGUCAAAGUAUCACUUAAAGGAUGUGAUUGUUGGAAAAAUUUAUUUCCUCUUAGUAAGAAUAAAAAUUCAGCACAUGGAGUUGCAACUGAUCAAAAAGGAGAUCACUGGAAUUGGGCCCAGUACCACAACAGAGACGGAAACCAUUGCUAAGUAUGAAAUAAUGGAUGGUGCGCCAGUCAAAGGUGAAUCAAUUCCUAUAAGACUUUUCUUAGCAGGCUAUGAUCCAACUCCUACAAUGAGGGAUGUAAACAAAAAAUUUUCAGUGAGAUACUUUUUGAAUCUAGUGCUUGUGGAUGAAGAAGACAGACGAUACUUCAAACAACAGGAAAUAAUUCUUUGGAGAAAAGCUCCUGAGAAACUGAGGAAACCACGAACAAAUUUUCACCAGCGGUUUGAAUCUCCAGAACCACAAGCAUCUGCUGAGCAACCUGAAAUGUGAACUAGUAUAGGAGGUGAAAAAACUGUUGUGAUACUUCAGCAGGUUAAAGAUGGCAGCAGCCUGUAGGAAAAGAGAAGGCAAAAACCCACAUUACGACUGUCUUCCUUUGUCUUGCAGUGUUGCAUUUACCAUAUUACUAAAACAUUCGUCAAGUAACAUUCAAGUGUGUAUAUACAUUUAAAAUAAAGUGCUUUCUCAAACACUG